AUGGAGUGUGGAGAGAGUAUCCUGUGUGGGUCUGGGGAGCUUGAUCUGGACCCUGACAUUGUGAGUGAAGAGGCUGGGAAACUGUACUCAGAACUACAGGUAAACACAUCACAUCAUAUCCACCUCUCAACUGCUUUCUGUUCGAUCGCCCCUUUCCUGCCUCUCUUUCUCCUAGCUGGCUUCUCAUUCUUCUGUCUCUUCUCCCAUCACCACCCACACUUAUCUGAUGCUACCCCCCAUCCCUCCUUCCCUGCUACAGACAGUGAUAGAGACCCAUGGCGUGGGGGUUGUGGAGUCCCUGGUUCCCAUCCUGGUGUGGGUCCUGGAGGGCCUGGCCAGCUGCAGAGCCCAGCUCAGAGAGAGGGAGGAGGAGGCCGAGAAAGAGAAAGGAGAGAGAGAUGUGCUGUUGGAGAGAUACCAGAGUGAGAAACUACUGAGGAGAGAGAGCCAGGAGGUGAGAGGGGAUGGAAGUGUUUAUGGUUUAUGGUUUUUUUGUUUUAUUUAUGAUAUGGGGUCAGGGUUUGGGGUCAAUUCCUUUUCAACUCAGUCAAUUCAGGAUGUUGAUUUAAAAUUAAUGAAUAAAAAGUUUAAUUCAUUUUAAUACAUGUUUUUUGUUGUUGUUGCCUUUAGCGGUAUCUGGAGUUGGAUGACCAGAUUGAGCAGGAGCGGAGGACGAUGAGGGGAAGAGAGAAGGAGAGAGAGAGGAGGGAAAAAGAACUGGAGAAAAAGGCCAGAGAGCAGGCUGACCAAUGUGAGUGUCUGACUGGGGCUGGGUGUCCAUCGCUUCCUCUCUCUCUCUCUCGCUCUCUCUUCUCCCCCCCCCCUCCUAUAUCUCUCAAUUUCAAUUCAAAGGGCUUUAUUGGCAUGGGAAACAUAUGUUUACAGUGCCAAAGCAAGUGAAAUAAACUAUCAGAAAUUAACAGUAAACAUUACACUCACAAAAGUUUCAAAAGAAUAGAGACAUUUCAAAUGUUCUAUUAUGACUAUGUACAGUGUUGUAACAAUGUUACAUCUAUCUAUUUCUCUCUCCCGCUCUCUUUUUUUGCCUUACCCUCUUCAUGUCCGUGUAGAUUAUUUGAUAUUAUUUGAUUCACUUCCUUCAUUCAUAUCCUUUGUGUUACAAACUGAGGAAGUUUGGUAAGACCAUGGCAAGUAGGCUACAGCAGAAUCAGACUGGCACCCUGGUCAUUGAGACGUGCUGUACUGUAUGUGAUGCUAAUGCUAAAUGCUACUGUGUGUUUCUGUGACAGUGGUGGCCUUGGAGGAGCAGAGGGCUGGACUGGGCAGAAAGCUGAACACACUGAAGCACACUCACAACAAGGUCAGACAACAGCAUGUUUAGACUGACAAGGCUGUUUGGGACUCCAUGUUUGUGUACUCUUCUAUCAGUAACAGCUUCUGUCCAUCAUCCAAUUUGUAAGUCGCUCUGGAUAAGAGCGUCUGCUAAAUGACGUGAAUGUAAAUGUAAUUGGAAAUUUAUUUUAUUAUCCCCCUGUAUCUCCUGUUCUCCUUCUUUUUCUCUCUCCAUUUUCACAUUCUCUCGCUCUCUCGCUCUCUCUCAGUUGGUGCUCAGUUAUAAGGAUCUACUGGAGAGGAAAAGGGAUCUAGAGAGGGAGGGAUCUCCACUAAGGUUAGCCACCACUCAAUUCAGUUAGUAUGACUACAACAACAUGGAACUGUAUGCAGUCUUUACAUUCCAAAGAGAUGUAGAGAUCUCUUUCACUGUGGUACAUUCAUUUUAUGGUUUAUGAUCUCUUUCACUGCAUUAUGAUGUCACAAUGGGCCCUGUCUGUCUGUCUGUCUUUAGUAACCAUGUGCGCUCCAAGAAUUCACAAUCUACCCAGGGCCAGUCAGAAUCCUGUGUUAGCGGGCAGGAGGUACGUUCUCUAGAAUGAUAACCUCUGUUCUGUCAUGUAGUAGUAGUAUUUUGUCCUUACUGACUCCUCCCUUUUUCCAGCUAACUGAUCUAAGGCCAGAAACACCUCCUGAUUCUGCCCAGUUGGAAGAACCGGUAACCAAGGACGAUAGGGGGAUUGACAUUGUCGUAAGGCAGACAGAGAUAUGUCCUUCAUCAAUGACAUCAUAAGCUCCACCCCUGAGCUGGCAAAGUUUCAUGGCCUUAUGAAGGCCAGGUAUGUCCUGUAUGUGUGUGUGCACUUACCGUGCAAGAUGAACUGAACUGGACUGACUUUAUUGCAUUACCAUGAAAGCUUCUCUUUUACAUAUUCAUAACCAUAAACCAACUCAGCCACAACUAGUUAACUGUAAAUCAGACUACUUCCCUUCCCAGGUCUGUCAUGGUUCAGAAAUACUUUUGAUGGGACAUCUCCCCAACACACACUUUACUGUUGGACAAACUGACACUCACUGCCCCCUCUCAACCUUUUCUCUGUUACCCAUGUUCCCUAGCACCCCGGUCCGAGCAGACGCCAAAGAGCCAAUCAGAGGCGAGACCAAGGCCAGCAUGGAUGAAGAAAUGAAGGAGGUGGAAGAGAAGGAGGGAGAAGAGGGGGAGGAGGACAAAAAAGGAGGAGGAGUGAAGCAGAAGAAUGAGGAUGAGGAGGAGGAGGAUAUGGAUCAUCUGGAAUGGGAGCUGAGGAACACUGAGUCUGUGUUCUCAGAGCUGUCAGAGCUGAGUCGGGAAUACGUAGAGAGUGUGGACCAGGGGGCCAGUGUCAGAGGUACGGCCAUUAGGCAAGGGCACACCUACACCCCCUGUUUGCAGUAAAACACUGCGCUGGAUGUUCAAAUAAGAGGAGUAGCUGAGGCAGAUGGAGGGGGUAGCAAAGGCAGUGCUGGACAGUAGGCACUAGUUAAACUGGACUGAAGUGUCAAUGUCAUGAGAACUGACGAGCAAUUACAAGCUAGUUGUUCUGAAAAGGGUUGACUUAGGGUUAAGGUAUGUGUAAAUGGUAUUUGUGGUGAGAACUGUUUGUUUCUUCUUGUCUGGGCAGGCAGCACCGACCAGUUUGAGGAGAUUGUUUCUCAGUAUGAGGAACUGAAACACACCCAGUAAGUCCCUGCGUUUAUCACACUUAUUAUUACUCUACUAUGACUAGUCCUGUGUGACUAACUCUGUGUGUAGGGGGCUUACCAUUCACUAUGCCUCUGUUUAAUUUAGAUACGUUGACAGAGUGCACAUUGGGCCUGAAGUCAAACGGAGCACGAUGGGUCCUUUGUUUACUGUAUUUACUCACUUAUGCAUUCUCUCUCUCAUUCAUUUUCUCUCUCACUCACUCUAACAUUCUAUCCCUCUACCUCUCCCCCUCCCAGUGAGUUAGUGGAUGCGGCCCGGAAAGCGCUGAUCUCUCGUGUGGAGGAGCUGACCAAUGAGAGGUCAGCUCUUAAACUGGAGGUGACAUCCUGCCAGGAGACUGUCACCCGAUUGGAGGGAAGGAUGAAGGAGAUGGAGGAGGAAACCAAGAGGUACACAACUCUAGUGUCAGGUGGUUGAUGGUUGGCAGAACCAACAAAAAAAGUAUACGAACAAUAUUUGUUCAUGUGGUGUGAUUCAUUGAUUGCGUGUGUUUCUGCUCUCAUGUAGACUUCGGAAAGAACUGGAAGCAAACCAGUCAGAUGAUGAUGUAAGAGGGCUUUCUUUGUGUUGUCGCUUUAUAUUCUGCUAAGAGAUGUGUUGUAACCUUUUUCUGUUUCUAAACUGGACUUGAUGUACUCUUAACUAGAAUGUUCAUCUGUUACCCAUAGUCCUCUCUGCCCAUAUCGCUGCGUCGGUUCACUCGGUCGGAGAUGUCCCGUGUUGUCAUGGAGAAGAAUCAGUAUAAGGAGCGUUUGUUUGAGCUGCAGGAGGCUGUGAGACGCAGUCAGACUAUUAGGUAACCAUACCUGCCUGUCUUCCCCCAUAGAAGUAGACUGACCGGAGGUUUCAUAGUCCUGUAGAAAAGGGAGAAGGGAAUAACACAUUUCUAACAUCAGUCAUCCCUUCUUUUCAGGGCCACCCAAGAAGAGAGGAUCACGGAGAGAGAGAGGACUAGUGUGUGGAGAAGGUGAGCGUGAGGGAGUGAAGAAUCAGGAAGGAAAAGACAACUGUUUUUAAUUUGGCAAUUAUUGCAGUGAAGAAGUCCACAGAUGCUGUUAACCACUUUUUCCACUUUAGACCUUGAACUGCUAACAGGCACACAACCACACAUAUUUGUCUUGGGCCUGGCUCUGGCCCCUGACUUCACAACAUUUAGCUCAAUAGCUGUUCCUAUUUACCUUAAAUGUACAGUGGCAACACGGUCUAUAGCCUAAGCACAUGACCAGAGUGCCUAUAGGAAAGUUAUGUGUAAGAGUUAUUGUAUUCCUGUGAGGGGGUCAUGGUUUCUGGUCCAUUGCAGUCAAAUUAACCAUUAACUGUCUCUCUGUCCAUUCAAGGUUCAACCGUUUGUUUGGCCUGAACAAGAACCCCUUGGUUCCGUCCGCUGCUCUAGCGCUGGCCCUGCCGACGUCACCGUCCCUCACUCACUCACCAUUGGGCUCUCCACGGCAACAGGCUCUCAGUACGACUCAGACAGAGUACGUUGAUAUGAUGAUAAUGGGAUUACAUGUCUAUGGAGCUCUUUCCAACUUCUCAAAGUACUUUACAUUGUAAGGUUUGAAGUGAACUCACCUCAUCUACUACCAUAGGUUACAUUAGUAACUAUUAUAAUACAGUACAUAUUUUUAAUAAACCACUCUCUCAUCCCCUGCUUCCUCUUCCCCUCUGUUCUUCUUCUUCCUUCCUCCCAGUGGUGCCUCCCCUGCUGCAGCCCUGUCUCCGCGGGUCAGGAGGAGGGAGCUGUACAGAGACAUCCGCUCCCAUGUCUGGGGAGCACUGGGAAAACGGCAGGUUCAUGGCUGGAGCAUACCUCUGUCACACAUACAGGUGAACAUGCACACAAACACACACACACACACACACACACACAUACUUCAGAAAGUAUUCACACCUCUUGACUUUAAAAAUUGAUUCAAAGAUCUACACACAAUAAUCUGUAAUGUCAAAGUGGAAGAAAAAUUAUUAUAUUUCUAGAACAUUUAUGGAAAAUAAAACAUUAAUUUAUCUUGAUUACAUAAGUAUUCAACCCCUGUUAGAAUCACCUUGGGCAGCAAUUACAGCUGUGAGUAUUUUUGGGUAAGUCUCUAAGAGCUUUGCACACCUGGAUUGUACAAUAUUUGCCCAUUUUUAUUAUUUUUUAAAUUCUUGAAGCUCUGUCAAGUUGGUUGUUGAUCAUUGUUGAUUAUUGCUAGACAGCCAUUUUCAAGUCUUGGCAUAAAUCUUCAAGCUCAUUUAAGUCAAAACUGUAUCUAGGCUACUCAGAAACAUUCAAUGUCGUCUUGGUAAGCAACAAUCAACUGUUUUAGAUGAUUGUCCUGCUGAAAGGUGAAUUAAUCUCCUAGUGUCUGUUGGAAAGCAGACUCAACCUAUUACGUUUAUUUUUUAUCCUAAAUAAACUCCAUAGUCCUUGCCGAUUACAAGCAUACCCAUAACAUGAUGCAGCCUACACAAUGCUUGAAAAUAUGAAGAGUGGUACUCCGUUAUGUGUUGUGUUGGAUUGGCUCCAAAACAUAACGCUUCGUAUUCAGAACAGAAAAUCAAUUUCUUUGCCACAUAUUUACAGUAUUACUUUAGUGCCUUAUAGCAAACUAUUUUUUAUUCUGUACAGGCUUCCUUAUUUCUCUCUGUCAUGCAGGUUAGUAUUGUGGAGUAACUACAAUGUUGUUGAUCCAUCCUCAGUUUUCUCCUAUCACAGCCAUUAAAGUCUGUAACUGUUUAAAAACACCAUUGGCCUCAUGGUGAAAUCCCUGAGCGGGUGUAUUGAUCCACCAUCCAAAGUGUAAUUAAUAACAACAACAUGCUCAAAGGGAUAUUCAGUGUCUGCUUUUUGUUUUACCCGUCUACCAAUAGGUGCCCUUCUUUGCGAGUCAUUGGAAAACCUCCCUGGUCUUUGUUGUUGAAUCUGGGCUUGAAAUUCACUACUCUACUGAGGGACCUUACAGAUAAUUGUAUGUGUGGGGUACAGAGAUGAAGAGUCAUUCAAAAAUCAUGUUAAACACAAUUAUUGCACACAGAGUGAAUCAAUGCAACUUAUGUGACUUGUUAAGCAAAAAUUUUACUCCUGAACUUAUUAAGGGUUGCCAUACCAAAGGGGUUGAAUACUUACUGACUCAAUACAUUUCAGCUUUUAAUUUUUUAUUAAUUUGUAAAAUUAUUGUGUUUAGAUCAGUGACACAAAUUCUCAAUUGAAUCUAUUGUAAAUUCAGGCAACAAAAUAUGGAAAAAGAGGUGAAAAUACUCACACACAGACUGUGGAAGUAGACACAAACCUUAAUCUGGUAUAUACAGUAUAUUGUGUGUGAUUAUUGCAGGAAUCCUCAGAGCUGACCCCUGAGCCCAAAGAUGUGCCUGUCCUAGUGCAGCUCAGACUGCUGGACCAGAGAGAUGCUACAGCCAAGGUAGGACAUACUACUCAGAAACAUGUCUAUACAAUCAGUGCUACGGUUUUUAACCCAGACAGUCUUUACCCAGGCGACACAGUCCCUAACUUGUGUCUUCUCUCUGUAGCUGAACUGUGCUGUUGCUGUCACACGUGAGAUCUCAGGCGAGACAACGGUAAGGUGGUCAUUACCGUCUAAUUACUAGUUCUAGUCACAGUAACUACCACUUGCACUACCAUCUAACCACCAUUUUCAGACCAUGUCAUGCCAAUGGUAUUCUCAAUGCAAAAUCGACCCCUAGCCCUUACUGGCACUUCUUAUAGAUCUGGAAGGUUUGAUAGGUAGAAGCAAUAUGGUAGUAGCUCCAUCAUGCCCACUGACAGGCCAGAUGGAACCAUGUUGUUUAGCAUACUGUUUACACCCAUCCAAGCCUUUUAGGUCUACACACAAAUGCCUAGUGGGUAGGGGCAAGGGCAGUGUUUCCCAAACUCGGUCCUGGGGACCCCAAGGGGUUUUGGUUUUUGCCCUAGCACCACACAGCUGAUUCAAAUAAUCAACUCAUCAUUAAGCUUUGAUUAUAUGAAUCCGCUGUGUAGUGCUAGGGAAAAACCCAAAACGUGCACACCUUGGAGUCUCCAGGACCGAGUUUGAGAAACACAGUUGAUCUGUAAUGUUUCAGUAGUAGUCAUCACUCCUCCCUCUUUUCCAUCCACUCUGUCAGUGUGCUGUGUGGGCGGUCUCUGGUCCCGCCUCCAGUAGUGAUGUCACAGUGAUUGACCCUGCACGGUCCAAUACAGUGCUGGAUCUGUUCAGCCUCCCGCCCACCUCGCCCGCCCUAUGCAUCUGUGCUGUGCCCCCUACUGGUCAGUGCUAUCUAUUACUCUCCGGGUAAAAGUUACCGUUAGGCACAGAUCUAGGAUCAGCUUACCAAUUUUAGAUUUCUGUAGACUUGUUAACCACAGCCACCAUAAUUUCCAAAUCAUCACUCAACUAGUUAUUUCCAUUAACAAUGCUUUAAACACUGGCAAAGCUAUCCAGCUUAACUUCUCUGUUCUGUUUCUGUGUCAUCAGGUGAGACCUCAGGAACUGUGUGGAUUGGAACUCAGGAAGGAAGGUGAGGCAUUGAGAUCAAAACCAUUCUGUUCACUGAUAUGUUAAACAGUUCCUCAUUCUCCCUCUCCUCUCUUUUUCGCUUUCCUCCUCCCUUCAUUCCCAGUGUGUUGGUCCACUCUGCGUCCACAGCUAGGAGGCGCUGUCUGCAGUCUAUCUCUCUGUCUGAGGGUGUGCACUCUCUCACGUGAGUACUCCUGUACCCAGUCCGCUAUAGACCGCUAGCCCCUACAGUUGGACACUUGGAUGACUAGAUCUGAAAGGAUGACCAGUUUGAAUAUGACAUGUUUUUUCUUUAUUUAUGUUUACUUUAAACUCUAAACCUUUCAGGUAUUCACAAGGUCAAGUCAUUGCUGGAUUAGCCAAUGGGACGCUUGCAUUCUUCUCACACAACCCAGGUAAUUCCCCCUCUUAGGUUACUGUCAAGAUCAGAUCAGGUUACUGUCAAGAUCAGGUCAGGUUACUGUCGGUUACUGUCAGGAUCAGAUCAGGUUACUGUCAGGAUCAGAUCAGGUUACUGUCAGGAUCAGGUCAGGUUACUGUCAGGAUCAGGUCAGGUUACUGUCAGGAUCAGGUCAGGUUACUGUCAGGAUCAGGCAGCUCUUCAGGUCAGGUCACUACUGUCAGGAUCAGGUCAGGCUACUGUCAGGAUCAGGUCAGGCUACUGUCAGGAUCAGAUCAGGCUACUGUCAGGAUCAGGUCAGCCUACUGUCAGGAUCAGAUCAGGCUACUGUCAGGAUCAGAUCAGUGCAUAUGAAGGAAAGAGGAAGAAGUGGUACCAUUUAAGUUUAUUGAGAGACAACAGUUUUGUCUAGAAGGGAUACAGCUUAUAUCAGAAUGGACUUUUCGUAACAGGUUCGGAUAAUUAGCGUAGCCGGUUCGGAUAAUUAGUUUAAGGUUAAGAACAUUUUUAGGGUUAGCUAAAAUGCAAAAAGACAAACAUGUUUUGACGUCAAUUUGACAUAAACUGUAUCCAUAUCUAUCCAUGACCAAAUACAACCUGUUAUUGUAAGAGACUGAUGAUGACUAAUCACCACUAUAUUUGACAGGUGGCUGGGAUCUCCAGUCACAUGAGGUUUUGCCUCUGGGAUCAACUCCACUGCAGCCCAUUCGCUGUUGCCUAGCGAAGGGGGCGGGCUUAUGGGUAGGAUACUGGAAUCGGGUUCAUGUAGUCGAUGUCGAGAAUCGAAAAGUGGAGGUAAAGAGUUUGACGAAGCUGAAGAUAUUGUGUGUGUGAAUUCAGAAUGGUUUGUAUUCUUUUGUGUAUAUUUCCCACCUCUCUUUCAGCAAACUUUAACCGUCUCGGAGCGCAGUGAGCAGCAGGUGCGUUUCCUGUGUGCGGCAGGAAGUGGUGUGUGGGCGUCCUGCCGGCUCGACCCUACACUCAGGCUUUUUGAUUGGUCCACUGGCCGGCUCCUGCAGGAUGUGGAUCUGACCCCUCUGGUCACCAAAACACUGGGUAGGAACAGGAACAGGAUUCUCAGUUCAUUAAUCUGUUAAUGUUUAUAUUGCUGAUGUGAGCAUGUAAUGGCCCACAUACAGUGGGGGAAAAAAGUAUUUAGUCAGCCACCAAUUGUGCAAGUUCUCCCACUUAAAAAGAUGAGAGAGGCCUGUAAUUUUCAUCAUAGGUACACGUCAACUAUGACAGAGAAAUUGAGAAAAAAAAUCCAGAAAAUCACAUUGUAGGAUUUUUAAUGAAUUUAUUUGCAAAUUAUGGUGGAAAAUAAGUAUUUGGUCAUCUACAAAUAAGCAAGAUUUCUGGCUCUCACAGACCUGUAACUUCUUCUUUAAGAGGCUCCUCUGUCCUCCACUCGUUACCUGUAUUAAUGGCACCUGUUUGAACUUGUUAUCAGUAUAAAAGACACCUGUCCACAACCUCAAACAGUCACACUCCAAACUCCACUAUGGCCAAGACCAAAGAGCUGUCAAAGGACACCAGAAACAAAAUUGUAGGCCUGCACCAGGCUGGGAAGACUGAAUCUGCAAUAGGUAAGCAGCUUGGUUUGAAGAAAUCAACUGUGGGAGCAAUUAUUAGGAAAUGGAAGACAUACAAGACCACUGAUAAUCUCCCUCGAUCUGGGGCUCCACGCAAGAUCUCACCCCGUGGGGUCAAAAUGAUCACAAGAACGGUGAGCAAAAAUCCCAGAACCACACGGGGGGACCUAGUGAAUGACCUGCAGGGAGCUGGGACCAAAGUAACAAAGCCUACCAUCAGUAACACACUACGCCGCCAGGGACUCAAAUCCUGCAGUGCCAGACGUGUCCCCCUGCUUAAGCCAGUACAUGUCCAGGUCCGUCUGAAGUUUGCUAGAGUGCAUUUGGAUGAUCCAGAAGAGGAUUGAGAGAAUGUCAUAUGGUCAGAUGAAACCAAAAUAUAACUUUUUGGUAAAAACUCAACUCGUCGUGUUUGGAGGACAAAGAAUGCUGAGUUGCAUCCAAAGAACACCAUACCUACUGUGAAGCAUGGGGGUGGAAACAUCAUGCUUUGGGGCUGUUUUUCCUGCAAAGGGACCAGGACGACUGAUCUGUGUAAAGGAAAGAAUGAAUGGGGCCAUGUAUCGUGAGAUUUUGAUUGAAAACCUCCUUCCAUCAGCAAGGGCAUUGAAGAUGAAACGUGGCUGGGUCUUUCAACAUGACAAUGAUCCCAAACACACCGCCCGGGCAACGAAGGAGUGGCUUCGUAAGAAGCAUUUCAAGGUCCUGGAGUGGCCUAGCCAGUCUCCAGAUCUCAACCCCAUAGAAAAUCUUUGGAGGGAGUUGAAAGUCUGUGUUGCCCAGCGACAGCCCCAAAACAUCACUGCUCUAGAGGAGAUCUGCAUGGAGGAAUGGGCCAAAAUACCAGCAACAGUGUGUGAAAACCUUGUGAAGACUUACAGAAAACGUUUGACCUGUGUCAUUGCCAACAAAGGGUAUAUGACAAAGUAUUGAGAAACUUUUGUUAUUGACCAAAUACUUAUUUUCCACCAUAAUUUGCAAAUAAAUUCAUAAAAAAUCCUUCAAUGUGAUUUUCUGGAGAAAAAAAAUCUCAUUUAGUCUGUCAUAGUUGACGUGUACCUAUGAUGAAAAUUACAGGCCUCUCUCAUCUUUUUAAGUGGGAGAACUUGCACAAUUGGUGGCUGACUAAAUACUUUUUUUCCCCACUGUAGAAGUUAAUGUACAACUUUGAAUUAAUUUUCUUCAAUUCUGCUUCAAGCCUUACCUCCUCAACCCCUAAACUGAACCCACUCUGCUUGAAUUGAUAAGUUCCUGACUGUUUGGAUCUCUCUCUUCUCCAGGCCCUGCCUUCCUGUCUCUCUCCCCGCUGCAGAUCUCCUCCCUCACCGUCAUCUCUGGCCGGCUGUGGGUGGGAACAGGAAGUGGCGCCAUCUUCUCCAUACCCGUGUCUCUCAGUGAGUACUAACCUCUGGUCCCCAGAGGUCAACAACAGAAUGACCUGAGACAUAAUGCCAUUAUGGCAUUACACUGGUCACAUGUCAAUUGUCUCUUCUCUGCGUUCCAUAGUUCAGAGUCUGCCUCUAUACCAUACUGUCAGGCUACAGGUCAGGCUACUGUCAGGAUCAGAUCAGCCUACUGUCAGGAUCAGGUCAGGCUACUGUCAGGAUCAGAUAAGGUUACUGUCAGGAUCAGAUCAGCCUACUGUCAGGAUCAGAUCAGUCUACUGUCAGGAUCAGGUCAGGCUACUUUCAGGAUCAGAUCAGCCUACUGUCAGGAUCAGGUCAGGCUACUGUCAGAAUCAAAUCAGCCUACUGUCAGGAUCAGGUCAGGCUACUGUCAGGAUCAGAUCAGCCUACUGUCAGGAUCAGAUCAGCCUACUGUCAGGAUCAGGUCAGGCUACUGUCAGGAUCAAAUCAGCCUACUGUCAGGAUCAGGUCAGCCUACUGUCAGGAUCAGGUCAGCCUACUGUCAGGAUCAGGUCAGGCUACUGUCAGGAUCAGGUCAGGCUACUGUCAGGAUCAGGUCAGGCUACUGUCAGGAUCAGAUCAGCCUACUGUCAGGAUCAGGUCAGGCUACUGUCAGGAUCAGAUCAGCCUACUCUCAGGAUCAGAUCAGUGCAUAUGAAGGAAAGGAGGGAAGAAGUGGUACCAUUUAAGUUUAUUGAGAGACAACAGUUUUGGCUAGAAGGGAUACAGCUUAUAUCAGAAUGGACUUUUCAUAACAGGUUCGGAUAAUUAGCGUAGCCGGUUAGGAUAAUUAGUUUAAGGUUAAGAAAAUGUUUAGGGUUAGCUAAAAUGCAAAAAAACAAACAUGUUUUGAUGUCAAUUUGACAAACUGUAUCCCAUCUAUCCAUGACCAAAUACAACCUGUUAUUGUAAGAGACUGAUGAUGACUAAUCAUCACUAUAUUUGACAGGUGGCUGGGAUCUCCAGUCACAUGAGGUUUUGCCUCUGGGAUCAACUCCACUGCAGCCCAUUCGCUGUUGCCUAGCGAAGGGGGCGGGCUUAUGGGUAGGAUACUGGAAUCGGGUUCAUGUAGUCGAUGUCGAGAAUCGAAAAGUGGAGGUAAAGAGUUUGACGAACCUGAAGGUAUUGUGUGUGUGAAUUCAGAAUGGUUUGUAUUCUUUUGUGUAUAUUUCCCACCUCUCUUUCAGCAAACUUUAACCGUCUCGGAGCGCAGUGAGCAGCAGGUGCGUUUCCUGUGUGCGGCAGGAAGUGGUGUGUGGACGUCCUGCCGGCUCGACCCUACACUCAGGCUUUUUGAUUGGUCCACUGGCCGGCCCCUGCAGGAUGUGGAUCUGACCCCUCUGGUCACCAAAACACUGGGUAGGAACAGAAUUCUCAGUUCAUUAACCUGUUCAUGUUUAUAUUGCUGAUGUGAGCAUGUAAUGGCCCACAUAGAAGUUAAUGUACAACUUUGAAUUAAUUUUCUUCAAUUCUGCUUCAAUCCUUACCUCAACCCCUAAACUGAACCCACUCUGCUUGAAUGGAUACAUUCCUGACUGUUUGGAUCUCUCUCUUCUCCAGGCCCUGCCUUCCUGUCUCUCUCCCCGCUGCAGAUCUCCUCCCUCACCGUCAUCUCUGGCCGGCUGUGGGUGGGAACAGGAAGUGGCGCCAUCUUCUCCAUACCCGUGUCUCUCAGUGAGUACUAACCUCUGGCCCCCAGAGGUCAACAACAUAAUGACCUGAGAGAUAAUGCCAUUAUGACAUUACACUGGCCACAUGUCAAUUGUCUUCUCUGCGUUCCAUAGGUUCAGAGUCUGCCUCUAUACCAUACUGCUCUUUGGCGGCAGCACAACUGUGUUACCAUGGACACCGCCAGGCUGUCAAGUUCAUCAUUGCUGCACCUGGUGAGAAUCUCCUAUCGUUGUUCAUUCCUUCACUGUUGUGUAACAAUCAAGUUAUUAUGCAAUUAUUCUACAGCAGGGCUAUUCAACUGGCGGCCCGCAGCCCAUACCGGGCCCAUUUAUUAAUUUAGCUUGGCACUUUGAUUAAUUCUGAACCUUAAUCAAAGAUCUGCAAAAAAAAUCCCCUCCAAAAUCCAACAUUCAGUGUCAAAAUGACAAGCACUAUGGUGGUUGUCUAUAGUGUAGUUUCUAGCGUUUUUAAACGGUUUCAAGCGCCUAUGUGGCAUGUUGAUAAUGUUUUCUUCAUAUGAAUUUGGCUCUAGUGUUUAGUGAACGGUUUAAGCUACAAAAUAUUAUGACCCCAUUCCUGAAAGCUACGACUCUCAGGAACACUACGUGCCUUCUGUGUCCCUCUCUGAUGCUUGCAAGGACUCGUUAGAAGGAAGUGUGACAAAUACAUGCACCUAAUGACUGUGGGAAAUGAAUUCAAAGCAUCCUUCCUUCAGACUGGAAUUUGGCAUUACCUGAUUUGACACAUCUAUGUGUUAUUUAUCAAGAUGCUUAGUUUUCAGAUUUUAAAAUGACCAAAUUACGUUUAAGAAGCUUUUAAUAGUUAAAAUGGUGAGCAAGCGUUGCGACUUUUCCUUUUCAAUGAUGAGCAAAUUUUGGGGUUGUUCCUCGACUCAUGUUGGUUGAGCGCCCUCCACUUCUUCCCUAAUUACUUUUAGCAACAUUUCAUUUAAAGACAAGUGCUUUAUUGGUGGUGUGCUUUGCUUUUUUUAUACAGUUCUUCCAAAGAAUAAUCGCAUGUGGAAAAUGUCCGGCCCCCUGCAAUUAACUUUUAUUUUUCUUUCUUUUUUUUACAUCUUGCCCAGUAGGAAUAUAGUUGAAUAGCCCUGUUCUACAGUAUUAUAUACUAUGCAGUUAUUACAUAGCUAUUCGAUAGUAUUAUGUUGUGAUACUAUGCAGUUAUUACAUGGUUAUUAGUAUUCUAUAUCUGUGUUCCCCAGGCUGUGUGACCAGCUCCUAUACAACAGGAGGCGCUGCUCUGACUCUAGUCUCUACCUCUCAGCUCAUCCUCAGUGGAGGAGAGGGCUACAUCAACUUCCGCAUCGGUGAGUUGAGGACCUAACGUGGUUGUCAUUAGUGUGGUUGUCUGACUGACUGUCUCCCUCCUACCCUCCCCAGGGGACGACGCGAAUGACGGCGCGCCCGAAGCUGCCCCGCUGCGAUCAGACCGCAGUCACAUGAUAAUCUGGCAGAGCCCCACCCCCUCCCUGCCCAGCUCCGCCCUUUGA